AUGGCAGGGUCUCGGCUUCAGGCUGGCUGCAAAAUCUGGGUGGCAGAAUCAGACAUGGCACUCCAUCGUGCUUGUGUUGCCCCGUUUGCAGAGUCACAGAGUCCAUCCCUUGAUGGGCAGGGGGGAAGGAGGAUGGCCACUCUGGAAGACGGCACCAUCUGCCCUCUCUGUGUGGCUUGUACUAUCAGCCGUGGCGGUCCAGCAUCCCCAAGUCUAUCCUCAAGAGUGUGUUGGAAUGUGCCUUGGAGCUUCCGGCGGAUUAGGGUAUCUUCGCUUUAUCAGGCAUACCCUUCUGGGCGCACAAGCAUGCCGCCUUCGGCGCUUCCAAGGAACGCUGAAACGAAUAGAGCAGUUGUCUGCACACAUAGCGUGGUCGGGGAGCUCAUAACGCUUCUUUUUUCUUCCCGUCGUGGGGUGGUAGUGGUGGAUGGGACACCGUCCGAAUGGGCUUGUGAUAUCCUGCAUGGCGGUGUAUUCGGCAACUUGAUUGUGCCCCCGCCCAAUCGGCAGUUGUAG